AUGUUCACGUGCGCCAAGGUUGUGGAGAACCUGAUCAUGGCCAACGGCGUUGUCCAUGACCCAGAUAGUGGGAGCUUGUUUGUGGCCCCGUCCUCCGAGCAGGCCGUGCAUGAGUUUGCCUACACCGAUAAUCGCCGUGCUCCACUGACGCUUAAGCGAACCGUCCCUGUUCAAGGCUUGUGCGACAACCUCGCUUUGCAUCCGCACCGUCCGGGUGUACUGGCGGCUUGCCAUCCGCAGCUGUUGCACUUUCUGCUUUACUCCAAGGGCAUUACACACUCGCAUUCCCAGGCUUAUUAUAUCCCGUCGGCCAAGGAGGGUGGCGAGGCUGAAGAGCUGCUGCUGGUGCCGGGUGAAGUCCUCUCGGGUCUGGCCACGGCCAUCAUGACAGAAGAUGGUGUCUUGAUUGGCGGCACUGUUCACAGCCGUGGCCUCUUGCGCUGCCAUCUCGGCGACGAGCCCCAGCAGGCCCACGAAACUGCUUAA